UCUGGUUGGAUGGCGGGGCCACCAAGGAACAGGGAGGGGCCACAGACCGGCAGGGACCGCUGAUAGGCGCGAUCUGUGAUAAGGUUGCCACCGCGGCUGUCGAUUGGCCCGGGCCACGGCCUAUAUUUAGGGCCGUCACCGCGUAAGCGCCGCGGUUUCGCUCGCUCGCUCCCGACCCGACGCGGCGACGAGCCAGUAAGAGAGGAGGAACAGCUGAGGGGGGAGGGGGGUAAAGGUGGGGGUGGGGCCCGGAUAGGGAUUACUGGCUCGCUCAAGGCACCUGAUGUUACUGGGUAUGGACCUAAUUGUUCUAAGCCUUUAGGUACCUCACCUCACCUAACUUUAGGUACCUCUAGGUAGGUAGCCUUACACGGCCAAUGGCGCCAGACGAGAGAGAUGGGAUCUGCCCUUCUUCAUUUCUCCCUGCCUGUCUCUCUCUCUCCUCGGCGCUAUCGAAUCCGCCGGCUGUAGGUAAGUACCUAAGCUACGUGGACGUGGGAAUGGGUCAACUUAUCCGUGCGGAAGCGCCUGUCGCUACCCAAGCAAGAAUAACGCAUGCGUGGUUUGAACACAGGAGGUUGCGCUGGUUCGGUGUAUGGUUUCAGGUACCCGUGAAAGCUGGCUCGGCUGCGAUCCAGAACCUGAGAUAUGGCCCCUCUCUCGCGUCUCUGGGGAAUCCACGGCAUCCACCAAGAGAUGACCCCCGUACGUGUAAACACGGCGGCGGUAAGGGCGUCAGACUCGAUCAGAGGAUUGGUUUGUCCGCGCCCAUUCGCAUAUUACUGCUUCGCCAGCAGAACGUUAGCGUCCCCGUUAGCUUCCACAGGUCUUUCGCGAGUGCCAUCGUGUCUCACUCGAAUAUACCUAUUAUUCCCGUCUUCUAUCGACCUGGCGCAGACAGAACGGCGGAGUCUGACACCACAACCGUACCUGUAGGGUUGCAUCAAUCUCGAUGCCUCUUCUCCGGGGCCUCCUCGCAUUCAUCGACACAUCAUCCGGCCUGUGCAUGGAGCAUGCAGCUCGUGUCCGUCUCAGCUUCCCGAACCGGACCUUCUUAUGUAAGUGUGUAUGGAGAUCUCUCCCCUGGUGCGCCUACACCCUACGUGAGAGACUCGCGGGUAAACUUUUUUGACGUAGGCUUGUCUUGUCAUCCUGGUAUACAAGUACAUACGUGUAUGUUAUGUCUUGCUUACACGCCCUGUCGUCUACGUACUCUAUCGUCGCGGCAACGAAUUGCUUCCUUGCAUAUUCAUGUCUUGCAAUGAACUGAUUUUUGCCUGACGCCCCAACGGGCGUCGCACCGUGGACCAGUAGAGGGCUCGUGGGCCGCCAGCAAGUUAGCUGGUCACUACCAACGUGUAAUCCCUCGCGUUACUCACGUAGUGCGCAACGACUCGCCGUUUGCUCGGCCGAGUGGGGAGGCCGGGGGCCUGUGGCGGGCCG